AUGGAGCUAAGGGUUCGUGGGGACAUGACUUCAGUGGUGAAUGGAUGGCAGUGCCGCGGCCCACUGACCACAGGGAAUCCAGAGAGCAGCAGCCGUUUGCCAAAAGCCCAGGGUUUCCAGAACUGCUGCGAGCUGCUCAGACGGCUCUAUAAUGGGGCUAAUAAUAGUGUGGUCCAAGCAUCAUUCACCAACGAGCCCAGUGCGACUGCACCGCUGUCGGAGGCCGAUGAUGAGGCUCAUCUCAAUGAUACGACACGACCAGAGCAGAAGGUGGACAAGCUCCAGCUCCCUGUGAGGCCGGCCCCAGGGCCGGGCCAGAGCUGCUCAUCACAAAGCACUGAGCUGGAAAAUCACACAUGA